AUGGGGUAUGUUGAUGGCAGGAUACAGGCAUCUAGCGUCACUGACUUAGGUUAUGACCAAUGGGAGAUUACUAACUCUUUGAUUAUGGGUUGGCUUAUUCGUUCGAUGGCAUUUGAGUUACGUCGCUUUAUUGAGAGCUCUAUUCAGGGGGAGCAGAUGGUUCUUCAGUACUUCACCUUCCUCACCAAUUAUUGGAAACGCCUUGAUCGCCUACAGGACUAUAAGCCUAUUUGCACUGCUGAUUUAGUCAAGUACAGGAAGUUCAUUGCACAAGAAAGGGUCUUCAAGUUUCUGGCAGGGCUCAAUAUAGAGUAUGAUCCAGUUCAAAGUCGGGUUCUAAGUAUGGACACUCUUCUUUUACUUCAGGAUGCAUUUGCCUAUGUAGAGAAUGAGGAGAGUCGCCGGUUUGCUAUGAUGUCCUCUGUCUCUACUGACCGCUCCGCAUUACUUUCUACUCCUAGAGAUGGCCUUAGCCUAACUCUCAUCCUUCCGUCUGCCACCAAGGACUCUGUAUUUUGUGAUUACUAUAAAAAACCGCGGCAUAAUCGUGAGACAUGUUGGAAGCUUCAUAGGACUCCAUCUAGGGGUCGAGGUGAUCGGUCUGGUGUUAGAGGAGGUCGGUCAGGCCAGUCUAGAGGAUGGGGUUCUCAUCUAGGGGCUCAUCAGUCUAGUACUGUUGAUACACUUGAUUUUACUUCCACUUCUAUUGGCUAA